UUCAAAAAAAUCUUCACAGAAAUGGGGAGGUGAUCCGGUACUCAAAGAACAAGAAGCAAGCAGAGGAGGAGAGAGACUCGUUAGCCAAGGCCUUGUAUGAGCGGUUGUUUGGCUGGUUGGUACAGAGAGUGAACAAGGCACUCAGUCCUUCUGACUAUCACAGGACAAACACGGGCUGCUGGCUCUCAUAGACGAGGACUCCAAGUUUGACAUAGCGAGCAGCGACGACAAGCUGGUCCGAAAGAUGAACGAGAAAUUUCGCAAGAAUGAGAAGUACAUCCCGUCCACUCACGACAGACCAGAGUUUGCUAUCGCUCACUUCGCCGGCGAUGUUCGGAGACAAACGUCCGCAGUUCAAAAAGCUGGACAGUCAGAAAAAGACGACACACAUCACUUUCUUCAAGAAUUCUCUUCAGGAUUUGCUGCGGGAGAUGCAGAGUGCUACAGCCUACUUUGUCAGAUGCAUCAAACCGAACGACCGGCUGACCCCAGACCGGUUCUUGCGGGACCGGGUCAUAGAACAGCUCAGGUACAACGGAGUCACUCAGGUCGCCCGGAUCCGGUCCCACGGGUUCGGACACCAGAUCCCCAGAACCGAGUUCAAGAAUCGCUACCAGGACCUGGUGGACAGUUACGGGCUGGAGGGCGAAGGUCAGAUCUGUGACGCCAUCCUCAACUCGGUUUGCCCCGACCCCAACAUGUACAAAGUGGGAAUCACCAAGGUGUUUUUGAAAGAACCAGUGUACUAUGAUCUACGAACUCGGCUUGAAAAGGUGAAAGAAGAAAAGAGAAAGAAGGAAGAAGAGGAAAGGUUGAAGAGAGAAGAGGAAGAGAAGAGGAGAAAGAAGGAGGAGUUAGAGGAGAAGAGGAAGAGACAGAGGGAACAACUUCAAGUUGAGCUUGAGAGAGAGAGGCAGACCCCCAUUGCUGUAGGGACAUCGAGAAUAGGGCGAUCGGUUGCUUGGUUUGAUGACUUGAACACAAUCCAAGAAGCUCCCCAUUCUAACGAGAGCUCCAUAUACAACAGAACUGACUCAGCGAGACACACGGCCCAGGGGGACGAGACCAAGGAGGAGGACGCCUUCACUGGCGGAUGGGACAUUUUCAGUGCGCUAGAUGAAGAAGAGGACAAGCCAGACGUCCACGAGCAGCCGGUUCUCAUGGGGGUGAAAGCCGUCAUCUACAUCCUUUUUUUCAUCAUCAUCUUCGCCGCCGUCGUCUGUCAGAAGAUCAGCCUCCUCGUUCUGGUGCAGGAUGUCCGCUCUACUAAUCUGACAGGGGCCGACCGUAGGGACAUCAUCAAGGAAAACACGCACAAGGCAUUCAGAACCAGAAGCCUAUCUCAGAAGACCCACGGCGUGCUGUAGAACUCUUGGGGGCCCUUGUCCUGGUCAACUUUUGCCACUGGGAGAAUUUCGUAGACGGCCGCUUCCUCUGUUUCGGGAAUUCGGAGAGUGAGGAGACCGGUGGAGCUGUGAGCGACGCUCCUAGCGCCCAGGAGGGGGAGAAAAAAAGGAACAGCGGCUUCUCCAACGCCGUGCUCAAAGUGAGACAUGAGCUGGCUGAAGGUCGAUUCUACCCUUACGUCGUGGCCAACCUUCUCAAGAUCGGGCUCAUUGUGUGGAUGUUAUCGAACAAUGUGAAGAACAAAAAAGAAAAAGAAGAGAACGUGGAAAGGCCAACGGAUUUGAACCCCAGCGCCGAAGAGACUGUCCCAAUGCUGUAUGCCUGCGCCACCAUGUGGCACGAGACCAAGACAGAGAUGGUGCAGCUGCUGAAGUCCUUGCACAGCCACCCAGCCACCGGUCAGAUUCCAGCGAUGAUGACGACGAGGAAGAGAAACAGGCCAAGACAGUGGCACAACAGCCCUCCCAGCACGCAGCCACAUCCACCCCGGCCGCCCCGGUAGUGCAAGCUACACCCCAGACGAGCACUGAGCCAGCCCCGGCCAAAGAGAGCCCUGGGAAACCACAGACCAAGAAGUCAACGAGGGACGAAAUGGUGAACCCUUUGUGGGCAGAGGACAAGGGCUUAGGACAGGAGCGAGUGAUUAAAGGAAACGCUGAGGAAAUGAUUUUCUGGAGAAAAUUCAUCAACAAAUACUUACUGCCCAUUAAGCCAAGUGCUGACGAAAAGAAAAAAAUCGCGGACGAAUUGAGGGAGCUCCGUAACAACGCCUCCUUCGGCCUCAUCAUCAUCAACCUGCUGUGGAUGGCCGUGAACUUCAUGUUCCAGCUCACCACGGCUGCCAAGGUCACCAUACCCACAGGUCAUGGCAACGGCACAGUGGAGGAAAGCGCGCUGGGUCUGAGUUUCGUGGGCCUGCUGUUGAUUCUGAUGCUGACCCAAGUGGCUGGGAUGUUGAUUCAUAGGAUGGGGACACUGCAGCAUCUGUUGGCCAUCACAGAGAUCAAAAUCAAACGUUCCUCUGGUCGCCACCAGGAAGACGGGGAGGACACGUCCAUCCAGGACGCCAUCAGACACAUCAAGGACGUUCUGCGCAUGCCCGCCGAGGACGACCCGGGGGCGGUGACCGAAGCCCCGGAGAUAGCAGACGAGAGGACGGCGUUUGGGGAGACGGUCGUGGGCGCUUCCACCAGGAGGCUUCCUUUUGACGAGAGUCAACAAAUGAACCAGACGAUUAAGAAAAUUGGAACAAUCCUGGACGCCGGACGCUUGAACCAGACCCUGGACCGAAACACUUCCCAGACCCUCAACACAGUUCGCAGACGGCUUACGGGGGAGAAUUACCGGGAGAA